AUGGGUGACAGUGCAGUGAUUAGUGCUGAAAAGAGCCACGAGAGGCAGCAAGUAAUGGAGACCGCCGAUACUAGCGCAGUGCAGCGGAAGUUCGAAGAAACAGAUCUGACAGCUGAUAAACAAGCAGAAGGUGAAUCGCUGAAGAAAGUGAAAAUCGGAGAGAAAAAAAAGACAGGGAGACCCAGAAAUAUGGAUAAAUCAAAAAUAGCGAAUGCCAAAAGCGCGGCAAAAAUGGAGGAGUAUGUGAUGAAAAAUGGGGGAGAGAUUUUUGGGAGUUGUCAGGCAGAUGAGACUUUCAAAAGAAGUAGUAAAAUAAACAGAUCCCCAAUAGGAAGAGAAAACAACAGUAGAAGGCAGAAGAAAGAAGAGGAGGAAAAUAAGGAUUUACAGGAAACAGGGAAGGAUGCAGAGCGAGAUAGCACCUUAGAACACGUGUUCCCGGAGGAUGAGAACAAUAAUGAGAAAAACAACGAAUCUAAAAUAGCGCGAAACGAUGGAAGCGGAAAAAAGCCCAAAGAAGAAGAGAUAGAAGAAAAAGCGAAAGAAGAACCAAAAGACGGGAUACAGAAGAAAAAUGAGAGUCAAGAAACCAGAAAGGAAGGAGGAAAAUAUAAGACGGAACAGAAAGCAGCGAUCCAAGAACAAAUGCAACAAAUAAGGGAGGCCCUCGAAAUGAGAAACAUAGAAGUGGAUAAGAGCUCGAGAAAGGAAGGGGUUUGUGAAAAGGAAACCAACGGAGAAAUUCUGGAGCAAAUAAGAGAAAUAAGGAAAAUCAUGGAAAAAUCAAGUUCGAAGUUAAAGGAGGAAAACCAAUACCUCAAGAUAGAAAUUGGACUACUAAGGCAAAGGAUCAGGUAUGAGUCCAGAAAGUGUGCAAUGGAAAAAGUGGAGUUAGAGACCAGCGUAUUGGCAUGGAAAGAAGAGGCGGAAGCGAAAGAUCGAGAAAUAAUAAAACUUGAAAGGGCUCUUGCAUCUGUGUCAGAGCAGAACGAUAAAAAAGAUCACAGGCAGCGUGUCGAAAAUCCAGAGAUACAACACAACAUCGAGGAGGAUCGAAAUUCUCACUUAAAAAGUACAACGGUAAAUCCAGGAAACGAAGCAUCAAGUAAGUCGGGGGAAAGAAGAAGAAAACCUGAAAAAAACGGAAAAGCUGAAGGAGCAGGAAUAUCGACGAGAAAUGACGAGGAGGAGAUGGAGGAAAAACAACCUAGUUAUCCGGGGACCAAACUUGAAAGGAGAGGAACCAGAAGAAGUGAAGAGAUUUCUAGAAGAGAAACUUGGAGUUGA